AUGUCUGCCGCGCUCAACAUACGGCCAGACACAUCGUCCCAAUCUGCGGGUACGCAUCCGGACUUUUCCCUCAACUCAUUCGUCUCGGGUAUUUCACUCCCCAGCCGGAAUCCCAGAAUCCCAUCUUCCUCGUCCCAAACCACAGCCACAUCCACAGCCCCUCUAUCAACACCUUCGCCACCGAAUGGGUUGCCAUCCUUUUCUCGAAGGAGAGGGGAGGAGGCUACGCCGAACGCGAAGCGCUUCGGCCUCUCCGGACACGAGGAGGAAGGUGAGGAUGCAGACGGGGACGUGCUCGACACGCCUGGUCGAGAAAAACGGUGGGAUGAUGUGUCUGCCACACCCGCACCUGGCCGUUCGAAGCGAACACGGAGUACAGCCUCCAAAGGGGGCGUGAACCUCACGCUCCGCGAUCAGGAGAAGCACAUCGACAGCCUGAAGAAGGAGAACUUCAACAUUAAGCUCAAGGUGCAUUUCUUGGAGGAACGCCUUGCACAGCUUGCGCCAGAUCAGAUCGACGCGGCGUUGAAGCAGAACAUCAACCUCAAGAUUGAGGUGCAACAACGAGGGGUAGAAAUGAAGAAGCUUAAAAAGCUCGUACUGGAAUUGGAACGCGAAUUGGAACGGUUGCAGCGCGGGUCAGGGGGUGCGCAGACGCGUGCGAGGGACCUUGAAGAGAAGCUUGAAGAGCGAGAACGAGAGCUUAGAGAGCUCAGACGGAGGCGUGGGAUGGGUCCAGAUGAUAGUGCAUUGAAGGAGGUGGAGGCCCGGAACGCGGAGCUUGAAGAGGAACUGGAGAACGUUCGUGGGUUGCUGGAAGAAAACGCGGACGAGAUGGAACGACUCAAAGAAUUGGUAGAGCGAAGGGCUGAUGAGUCUAUGGGUGACGGAAGAGCUGACCGAUGGAGAAGGCGCGUACAAGAACUAGAGGACGAAAACGAGGAAUUGAGGCUCAAGAUGGAUGACCUUGAAGAACUCGUGACCCGAAAGGAGGAUGAGAAGGAAGACUUGGCAGACGUAUUAGAGGGCCUCAAGCUCGAGGUCGAGAACCUGCAGCGGAGACGAGACGCCGAGUCGAUCGAGCGGAGCCAGAGUCGAGCGCAGGUUCUCGAGGAGCGAGAAGAACGAGAAGCGGUGGAAGAUGAUCUCAAUGCAGCACGCGAUAAACUUGCGGCUGCACAGAUUGAGCUACAGCAGAGGGAGGAUGAUAUGGAACUUAAACACAGAGAAAUCGAGGAGCUUGUUUCGGAACACACGCGGAUAGUAGAGACCCUUGAUGAUGAGUGGAGGGGCGAGGUUGAGGAAGCAAGGGGACAGGUAGAAGAGCUGAAAGAUGUGGGUCUUACGAUUCUUAGACGUACUGGCACUGACCGUCUAGCAUUACGACAGGUACUGGAGCAACGAGAUGCCGAGGCAAAGGAGCUACGUAUGCAUAUCACUGAGCUCGAAGCCGACACGAACGACCUGCAUGAUAAAUUUGAAACCGCUCUGGCUCAUCUUGAACGCGAGUCAGAGGAGAAAGAUGCAGAGAUCGAAGCUGCCAAUCGCGAGAUCGAAAAGCUGGGUGAGCAGGUGUAUGUACUUGAGGAAGAGAACGAACGUCUUCGCGAGGCCAGCGAGAGAUUGAGGGAGGAUGAAGCCGCAGAACGUGACCGACUAGAGGCAUUAGUAUCUGCCUUCAAAGAGAAAGUCUCUGGAUUAAAGUCUCAGCUCCAAGAGGCCGUUGACCUCUAUGAAACGCGUGGCCAGGAGGUGUCUACUCAUAGAUCGCGUUCUGAGGAACUCGCUCAGCAUGUGGAGAACCUUGUUGAGGAGAUUAAACGCGAACGUGCUAGUCGGGAGCGUCUCGAAGCUGACCUCGACAAGGCCGAGCAGGAUCAUGAUGCUGCCAUUCGACGAGAACAGCGUUCUCUCGAGGCGAAGGAGUCCGCUCUUCAAUCUGCGCUCAAUGAUCUUGCUCGAACAGAGACUUUGCUUUCGCAGCGUGAAGUAGAUCUCGCUGCUGUACAAGCCGCGCUGCAGACGCUCGAAGCCGAAUCGAAAAAGCUUGGCGAGUCGCACACGACCGCUCGAUUCUCUCUGCAGCUGGAAGUCGACAGGAUGAAACGCGACCUAGAGCGACUCGAGGAUGAACUUCGUCGUGCACGCAAAGAGCUCGACGACCGAGAGGGCAAGGGUCGCGAACGUGACGGCGCGAUGGACAAGUUGCAUGCGGAAAACCGCGAUUUGGCAUCGCAGCUUGCAGCGCAGACGCAAGCUCGUUUGAACGUAUCUGAAAAGCUUGACGAGACUAUGACUAGUCUCAGAGCUGCAGAGAUCGACGUGGCUAACUUCCGCGUUAAAGUGGCUGAUCUUGAGGGUCGCCUUGCUAAAGACCAGCGAUCACUCUUAUCUGCCGAAACGCAGUACCGCGAUCAGUUGACCGAGAGAAACACCCUUUUAUUGACGAUCUACCAAUACAUGGACAAGAUCCUCGGUGUCGACAAAACGCCGAAGAAGAAUGGACAGGCAGAGACCAAGCCGUUCACCAAUUUCAGUAUCUUCCACGACAACCUCAUUACACGGUUGAAGGCGUUGAGUGAGAUUCAACUUGUCUUCGAUAAGCGUGUGAAGGAAGCAGAGGCGAAGUAUUCGGAUAAGCUGGGAGAUAUGCGGAAACAGCUUGACUUCCGGUGGAAACAGAUCGACAAAUUUGAAUCUAGCCUCAAGACGAUUGCAGACCAGAAGACGACCUGGCGCAAGAAGCUCAGUGCGCGAGAGGGCGAAGUCGAAGCUCUCAAGGCAACGGCUUCAGAACUGCAGGCCCAACUCGUGAGCAUCCGCAAACCGGGAGGUGUCGAAACGAUGGAAGUUCGUGCUUUAACGGCUCGGGCGACGAACGCCGAACGGCGCAUCACAAACUUACAAAAUCAGCUGCUCGCAUCUGAGGAGAAGGUCAGCACAAUGAACCAGAAGACGACCGUGGCAGAUAGCAAGUGGGAAGCCCGUGUGCGUGAGUACGAGGCGCGGCUGAAGAAGGCUGAGGAGACUGUUAAGCGUGAACGCCAAGGCGCGAAGGAGCGCGUCUUUGAGUUGGAUGCGCAAUUGAAAAGCCUGCAGCGGCAACUGGAGCUCGAGAAUAAACGAAACCACAGACUCAGCGACAUCACAGAUGCGCACGGUCUUACGAAACCUAGCUCGUCACCUGCUCGAUGA